AGGCAGACGACGGGAAGACUCAGAAGGGAGAGGAAUGAGGGACACAUAAUGAGAGAAGAAGAAGAAGAAAGCCAUUCCAGCUGUGUUUCUAUAACAAACAGAGCCGUGAGAACUUCUUCACAUUGAAGAAUUUCCCACUGCUCGCCAAGGGAACUAACAUUUACAUUUUUGUUUGGUAUUAGCUGUUUAUUUUAUUUUUUUUAUCAAGCUUUAAUUCAAACAAGAAAAGUUACAAAACUUGUAACUGCUGAUGGGACAGAAAUAGUACCACGUUACAUUGGAAAAGUUUACUUUGUUUUGUAGUAUCUGUCUUCAGUCAUUUUAAACAUGAACACAGCCAACUCGACUCUGCUGGACAGCUUGUUCUUUGCCCCUCUCUGUGAUGGCUGGACCAACAACACAGAGGGAGCCAUCUACCAAUUGGGCAACACCGUCCUGUUCCUGGGCUACAUGGGGGGCAGCGGGGCCUACGGGUGCCUCUUCAUCUUCGGCUUCCUGACUCCCGCCUUUGCGUGCCUGACCCUGUGGGGCUGGAUGACGAUGUGCGGCCUGGACGUCUUCACCUGGAACCUGCUUCUGCUGCUGGCCUGCUUGGUUCAGAUCUGCCACCUUCUCUACAGGCUGCACCAGGAGGGCAUGCGAAAUGAGGAGCUGACCAACCUCUACCAAGCGGUCUACCUGCCGCUAGGCGUGCCCAUCCAUGUGUUCAAGGAGAUCGCAAGAGCCUUUGAGAACAAGGUGGUGGAGCUAAAGGCAGGAGAGACGUACGCUGUGGAGGGCAAGACGCCCAUCAACCAGCUGUCCUUUCUGCUGUCUGGGAGGAUCAAUGUAUCUUUGGAGGGCCAGUUCCUGCAUUACAUCCACCGCCACCAGUUCCUUGACUCUCCAGAGUGGGAGUCUCUCAGACCAAAUGAGGAGGGAAAGUUCCAGGUGACCCUGACAGCAGAGGAAGACACCCGCUACAUCUCAUGGCGCCGCCGCCGCCUCUACUUGCUGAUGUCAAAGGAUUGCUACAUCGCCCGUAUCUUCUCCAUCAUGCUGGGCUACGACAUUGCAGAGAAGCUCUACAACCUCAACAACAAGCUUUACAUUAAGAGUGGCGUGCUGUUGGACAUCCGCCUGCCCAGCCUCUACCACGUGCUGGCCCCCUCCUCUCAGGGCAGCGAGGGUGGCAGCGGCAGCUGCAGUGACGGUGGAGUCGCCAAGGAACAGCAAACUGAAGAGCAGGGUGAAGACCCAGCGCCGGACUACCAGAAGUCUGAUCCAUCCCAUUCUGAGCCCCUCCCGGCCCAACCGCAUGGACCAAGGAAGAACAAACUGGACGAACCUCCGGCCCACCAGCAUGACCGUUACCAGCACCCCUGGGCGUCAGACCCGGAGCUGCCCACUGGUGAGGACUCCACCAGCCUGGUCCUGGAGGACUUUGCUGAUGUGGCAGGCUCCUUAAUGGAUUAUGGCAGUGAGGGGGAUUAUUUGAGGUAGAGGGGCAGGGUGCUGGAGCUAACACACUGGGUCACCACUUAAGCUACAUGAGGUGAUAGUGAUGGGAACAUACCACCUCGAUUCCUGAGGGGCAGAGCGCCGCUGGCUCCCACCGACACUCCCAAACUGUGAGAAAAGUCUCUCCUGGAAACACUACAUUAUUUACAGUAUAGCGGUAUGAAUGUGUCACAUGUCACUUGUUAUGACUCGCUCUCUGUCCCUGUUCUCACUUCAGUUCACAUCGUCAGUCCCGAGCAUGUAGAACAUGUGCUCUUUCUUCUCUCCAUUAAAAUUAGUUUGAGUGAUAAGACAGCCAGUUCUCAUAUCUUUCAAAAAUCAAUAGUUGGGGCUGAUAUUAAUCACCAUAUUCAUUUAAAUUCGGGCCAAUUUAAUGCUCAAAAACACAGGGGUUUUGUGUUGUCUAAAAAGAUCUAAGCAUUUAGGCCACGAUGACGCUCUGAAAUUUGCCUUUAAAUCAAAUUUACCAACAUCUUAAGUGGCACUGAAACACUAAGGACAGAGGGACAGCCGUCACCUUAUUACUUACCAGCACAUUAAAUGUAUAAAAUUUUAUUUUAUGUUCUAAAACUUAAUUCUGUGAUACUGAAACAGAUGAUUGGUUUUCAUCUCACUUAUAUUUGAUGUUAGAACUAUGAUUGUUGGAUUUGGAUUUUUUACUUAUAUUUGAUGUUUUUGUGUCUUCACAAAUCACAUACACUAAGUGUUACAAAGAGUAUUGAUUUAACUUUAAAUUUAACAUAGAAAGGUUAAUACAUAUUCUCUCUGACUGAUUUUACUGAUCUAUUUGCUCAGAAAAAAAUAAAAAAAUCAUAUUAUAUAAUAUGAAAUAUUAAGAGGUUGAACAACUACUUAAAAUUAUUUAUUUCGUUUUGCGUACUUCUUGAGAACUUUCUAGACCUGUUUAUGAACACUCUAGGUACAAAACCUGCAACUUGGUAGUUUCCAUUUCACUUUCAUGUUCUAUUGGGCAUCUUUUGUUAUUUUAUCUAAAUGUGCCACAACUUGGUUCAGUGUCAGAAAUUUAUGAUAGGAGUUUCUAUAAGCUUUUCAUACUAAUUUUUUGGAGCAUGACACCCAAAUUCACCUGGUGGAGGACAACCUCUUAUUCCUUCCUGUAGACCUUUUUUAAAUGUUUGUAACUAAUUGAGUAUUUAAUACACAUGUGCAUACUGUGAAUUGAAUUUGUCGGUCAUUGACUUCCAAAAUAGGGAGAUGGGACUAAAAUGAAAAAUUCAUUGUUGUUAAAAAGUAUUUUCAUGGGGCCAAGAUUUCUCCAUAAAGCUCUUUGUGUGCAGUGAAAA